UUUGCCAUGUAUGUUGACUUGUAACAAAUUACAUUGUAAGCAACAUUGAUAGCCAUGCAAAACCAGUAGUUGCUCCAUUGCAAUGUUUUGCUCUUGAUAGUCGACUGGCAGUACCAGUCGGCGCAAAAGCUUUACCCAGCUGAUAAAGAUGAAUGCUUUAGUUGCCCUUUGCCAUUUCUGUGAACUCCAUGGCCCUCGGACGCUAUUCUGUACAGAGGCCGUCCACCCUCCAUCCCCAUCUCCUGGUUCAGUCAUUCCUGGUGACAGGGACCGAGAGGGGGACAGAGAGGGCGAAGGUCUCACCAUGAGAGCCAACAGCUCUGCCACACAAAGAGCAGACAUGUGUGAAGGCUGUCGCUCCCUACCUGCAUCUCACCCAGGCUUUGUGAGUGUGGACAGUGAGACAGGAAUCCGCUAUCUGAGCCAUCAACAUCCACGCCAGCCACAGCUCUUCAGUGUGGUGCGACAGGCAUGUGUGCGCAGCCUCAGCUGUGAGGUAUGUAUACACUUGUUUGCAUCAAUGAAUAAACAAAAAAAUGCAUCUAUGAGAGACUUUUUAUAUCAUCGGCUAUUGCAGGUUUGUCCUGGUCGAGAGGGGCCCAUCUUCUUUGGAGACGAACAGCAUGGAUUUGUUUUUUCUCAUACGUUUUUCAUCAAAGACAGCCUGGCUCGGGGCUUCCAGCGCUGGUACAGCAUUGUCGUGGUAGCUAUGGACAGGAUCUACCUCAUCAACUCCUGGCCAUUCCUGUUGCGCCACCUGCGGCUAACCAUUCAGAGUCUACAGAACACAGCACUCAAGGUGUUUGACAGUGAGCAGUGUGUGUGUCCUCAGAGGGCUGUGCGUAUGAACAGUGCCUUCUCUCCGGCAGUGUUCCCCCACCAGCGCAGCGGAAACGCAGCCCGCUCACUCACAUCUCUAACCCAGCACCAAAACCUGUGGGCUAGUCUGCACUCCUCAUUCAGCUGGUUGCUGAAAGCUUGUGGCAGUCGGUUGACUGAGAAGCUUUUAGAAGGAGCACCAACAGAAGACACACUCGUUCUCAUUGAAAGACAAACUGAGCAAGAGGAAGAGAUGAGUGGCUGGGAUGGUGCUGAAGGGGGUGGAUCUAACUCACAGGCCAGCCAAUCAGAGAGUGUACAGGCUAAAGACUUCCAAUUUGAUGAUGGAAGACAAGAGGACCUUAUUGGGCCGAAGUUCAAAUCAUUGAGACAUUUAAGACAGAUCCUGGGUACCACAGAUUUCAGACAACUGACAUGGCACGUUCUCAUGGGAAACCAAGUCAUAUGGAGAGGUGCAGACCCUGGUCUUAUCCAGUCAGCUUUUAAUGUGCUGAAGGCUUUGCUUCCAGUUGGCUGUGUCCGAGCAGUUCUGUACAGUCCUCACUAUGAGGAAGCAUAUCGAUGCAACUUCCUUGGCCUUAGCCCAGAUGUACCAAUCCCAGCCCAUGUCAGCUCUUCAGAGUUUUCUGUGCUGGUGGAUGUACUUAACGUUGAGCGCAGUUGUGUAAGUCCUGUUUCGGAUGAUGACAUUCUCUCACUCUACCAGUUCAACAUUAGCAGUGCCAACGCACAACCAGCGGAUAAAGGUCCAACUCUGUUGAAUAAGAUCGAAGUGGCUCUUUCUAAUGAGAAUCUGUCGGUGGAGGUGGUCUCUCUCUGCCUCCUCUGUCUGAAAGAGGAGUGGAUGAACAAAGUAAAAGUGUUGUUUAAGUUCUCCAAGGUGGAUGGCAGAGGUAAAGAGGACACUCAAAAGGUUUUAGCCCUGCUGGGGGCCACGGGGCCAGGGGAAGAGGACAAUGUGCGUCUUCUUAAGUUUUGGAUGACAGGACUCAGCAAGCUCUACAAGAGCCAUCUGAUGACUGCAGUCAGAGGUGGAGAAAGAACUUUGAGCCAGUGAGAAAGAGAAAGGGGACAAUAGGCUCAUUGCUUUGAGUUAGCAACAUUGAGUUAGAUGAAAGGAAUGUGUGGGUGCGUGUGUGUGUGUGUGUCAAUUACGGAAAAAGGGGCCAAGCCCGAGAAUGUGUUUUUCUGCAUGGUACAGAGAGAAAGUAAAAGAUACUUAAGGCAUGUGCAUUUAAAUGGAAUGUUUUUUUUACCAUCAUGACUAGACAUGUCCAUUUUCUGUCUUUUUCACUGUGUCUAAUAUAGCACAUGGUCCACUGACUUCAUGGAAACUAGGCAGAGUAUCAGUUGAC